AAGUCGUCGGGCAAGCCUGAGAACCCCAACCUCGACUAUUUCGCCAACAUGACGUACCAUGAGCUCGACACGGCGCAGAUCUGCCAGCAGCUUAACGUGUCUGCCGAGCAGGGCCUCUCCGAGAGCGCCGUUACCCGCCGCCUCGAGCGUGACGGGAAGAACGUCCUACCGCGCCCCAAGACCAAUUACAUCCGCAAGCUGCUCACCUACACCUUCGGGGGCUUUUGCUCAGUCUUGUGGGUGGGUGUGAUUGUAUUCUUUAUCUGCUGGCAGCCUCUGAGCAACCCGCCGUCGCCGACUAACCUCGCCUUGGCCAUCCUGAUCCUCAUUGUCAUCUUCCUUCAAGCCGGCUUCUCUGCAUUCCAGGACUGGUCGACCUCGCGCACCAUGAACUCAAUCAUGAACCUGAUCCCUUCAGAGACGCUUGUCAUGCGUGAUGGCAAGCUUACAAGCAUCCGCACUUCGGAGCUUGUGGCGGGCGAUAUCGUCCACCUCAAGACAGGCAACAAGGUACCCGCAGACAUGCGCCUGCUUAGUCACACGGGCGACAUCCGCUUCGACAGGGCGAUUCUCACUGGCGAGUCGGACGAGAUCGAGGGCAGCAUUGACUGUACGGACCCAAAUUUCCUCGAGUCACACAACAUUGCGCUCAUGGGCACACUGGUCGUCAAUGGCGGCGGCACGGGCGUCGUUAUCCUUACCGGCAACCGGUCUGUCAUGGGUCGUAUCGCACAGGCCAUGUCGGAUGUCAAGGAGAAGCUCACGCUGAUCCAGCAAGAAAUUUGGCGCUUCGUAUACAUCAUUGUCGCCUUCACGAUUACUCUGGCGCUGCUCAUCGUUAUUGCCUGGGCUGCCUGGCUACGCCGUGACCACCCAGACUACAUGGGCGUCGUGGCCAUGCUGAACAAUGUCAUGGGCUGUGUGGUUGCUUUCAUCCCGGAGGGUAUGCCAAUCGGUGUGUCGCUCACCCUGAUGCUCAUUGCCAGUCGCAUGAAGGCAGUCAAUGUCCUGCCCAAGAGUCUCGGCACAGUCGAGACGCUCGGCUGCGUUAAUGUCAUCUGCUCCGACAAGACGGGAACCCUGACGGAGAACCGCAUGACUGUCAGCUCGGUGGCUUUCAUCGAUGGCAAGGCCAGUGUCGAGGAUGUCCAGCAGGCGUGGGCUUCUGGUGCGUCACGUGGAGGCAAGGCGAUGAAGAAGCUCCACGAUGCGUCCACUCUCUGCAACGACGCCUCGUUCGAUCCCACUGAUGCUCAUCUGCCUGUUGCAGAGAGGGCGGUCCAGGGCAACGCCACUGACGCUGCCGUCCUGCGCUUCUCUGCUGUCGAACUUGGGGAGAAGGAGGAGAAGACUUCUCAGGCUCCCGCCAAGGUCUUCCAAAUUCCCUUCAAUUCCAAGAAUAAGUGGAUGCUUACCAUGUACCCGGACGCUGCCACCGACACCUCUGCCGUCAUUCAGCCCGAGAAGCCCACAUACCAAGUCUACGUCAAGGGUGCUCCUGACGUUCUCUUCCCAGCAUGCACCCACUACUGGUCCUCGUCCUCGAACACAACCGUCCCUCUCGACGACGCCACCCGCACCGCUUUCAAGACGUUCCAGGACUCCAUGUCCGCUAAUGCGGAGCGUGUCAUUGUGCUCUGCGAGCGACAGAUAUGCCCACGGGGAGUUCAUGGCACCAACGCCUUCGGCGAGGAGAUUCGCGAGUCUGCGAUCGAGAACCUCACCAUCAUCGGCAUCUACGGCAUCGUCGAUCCCCCGCGGCCCGAGGCCAUCACAACCGUUGCCGAGGCCCGCCGCUCCGGCGCACGAUUCUUCAUGGUCACUGGUGAUUACGGCCUCACUGGUGCUGCCAUUGCGAGAAACAUUGGCAUCUUCACGAGUGAGCAGAAGCCUGACAGUGUUGCCUCGAUGCGCGACCUCGCCGCGUCUGGAUCCAUUACAGCGACGGAGCUGCACAAGCAGCGCCUCGAGAAUGAGGGAAGAAGCCUUUUGAUCGAGGGUCCACAGAUGAUCUCUCUUUCCGACGAGGAAUGGGACCUCAUCGCCGAGUAUCAGGAAAUCGUCUUUGCUCGCACUACGCCCGAGCAGAAGCUGCGCAUCGUGACUGAGCUACAGGCACGCCACAAUGUUGUCGCGGUCACCGGAGACGGCGUCAACGAUGCCCCUGCCAUGCGUGCCGCAGAUAUCGGUGUCGCCGUGGCUACUGGCUCCGAUGUUGCCAUCGAGGCUGCCGACCUGGUCCUGCUCGACAAGUUCGACAGCAUUAUCGAGGGCAUCCGCCUCGGCCGCCUCGUCUUCCAGAACCUGCAAAAGGUCAUCUCGUACCUCCUCCCCGCCGGCUCCUGGUCCGAGAUCUGGCCCGUGUUGGUAAAUGUCUUCUUUGGCGUCCCGCUCCCGCUUAGCUCGUUCCUCAUGAUCAUCAUCUGCGUCUUCACCGACCUGUUCCUGUCCAUGUCGCUCAUCAUGGAGAAGGCCGAGUUCGAUCUGCUCUCCCUCAAGCCGCGCGACGUCCGCAGGGACCACCUCAUCACGGCGCGCAUCUACGGCCAGGCGUACCUCCUCACGGGCUGCAUGGAGACCGUUAUCGCGCACUCCAUGUUCUUCCUGUACAUGUGGCGUUACGCGGGCAUGCCCAUCAGCGAGCUCUUCUUCCUGUUCGAGGGCUACAGCGACGGCUACCGCGGCUACACGAUGGACGAGCUCGUCGCGUUCAACAACACCGGCCAGUGCGUCUACUUUGUCUGCCUGGUCAUCCUGCAGUGGGGAAACAUCCUCGCCGUGCGCAACCGCCGCAUGAGCAUCCUCCAGGCCGACCCUGUCACCAAGGCGCGCAGGAACCCGUGGCUGGUGCUGAGUGUCAUCAUCUCCCUCGCUAUCGCCGUCUUUGUCACCGAGGUGCCCGGUAUCCAGAAUCUGUUCGGCACGGCGUCCGUCCCGAUCGAGUUCUGGCUAAUCCCGAUCCCGCUGGCCCUGGCCAUCCUGUUUGUGGACGAGAUCCGCAAGUUACUGGUCAGACUGUUUCCCAAGGGCCCUAUUGCUUGGAUUGCGUGGUAAAAUUUCAAUACGGGUGUUUUGCAGUUGCUUGGGAUUUUGGCAUAAGAUUUAACACGACCAUAGAACGUAAUUUUAUGGAACACCCAUUGCAGUAUUGUGAGCUUGUUGCGUAGUCGAGA